GGAUGCCAGAGGCCCAGUCAAGUCAGUUGGGAGGCAGUGACCCCUCCAACCUUCCCCGAACGGGCCAGCCCACGUCUCCAGGCCACAGGAGCCACACCUGGACCAGACCCCAGGAGAGGCAAGGGCACUGGCGGAUGGGAGCCACCCCAGCAACCCUGGCGCUGGUGGAGAGGGAACCCGAGGCGGCUGCGGAGGCCUCCCAGCACUUCCCGGCAGAAGGCAGAGGAUCCCCCUGGACUAAGGGGCAUCUCCUGAAGACACCAGGGGACGGAGAUGGAGACACAGGCCACCCUCUGGGAGCAGCACCCCCGAUGGUGGACAGCCAGCACCAGGUAGGAUUCCGCCAGGUAAGGCUGUGAGCCACCUGUUCACCUGCCUCUUCAGGCAGAAGGGGAGGCAGGGUGACAGAGAGGCGCGCCCUGAGAAGGGACCACACCACCUGGCUCCCCCGCGUGGGACCCACCUCCUGACUGGGGACCCAGAGAGAGAAGGAGCCGCUCAGGCGGUAAGGGGGCAGGAGAGCCAUGGCCUUCUCGCUGAGGCCUCCCCGGAAGGAGACCAGCACGCAGGGCCAGCGCCGUCUGCCCGCCCAGCAAGGACGCGAGACAUGAGGGAAGGGAUCCGGGGCCAGAGCCCGCGGGGCGCCUCUUCUGCACCUCUGCCCUCCUCCCAGCCCAGCUGCACCUCCUCCUCCGGGAAGCCCCCCAGGUUCCCCCGGGGUGGGAACCUCUUGGUCCUCUACGCCGCCCUUUCUCAGGCUCCCUCUCGUGCCACCUGGCUCUGUCCCCUAUUCGCCUUGCCAAGGGCAUGUUUCUGACCACGCUCCCCCAGAGCAAGGGGCACAUCGGGCUCAGGCCUGACUCCCCUCGGCACGCAGGCGAUGCGUUCGGUUUGCUGGAUGGAGCCGGGAGAUGGUGAGCCCCUGAGCCCAAGCCCAGAGGACGGGCACACUGGUCAGGGGGGGAGACAGCAGCGUGGAAGGCAGUGAGGAGGGUCCUGAGCCGGCUGUUCCGAAGGGAAUCCAGCUGGGAUCCUGGCUCCACGGGGCCCUGGGGAUCAGCGCGACGGAAACCUCCGACACACGGCCCGUCUUUUACCAUCGGUAUCACUACGGCUUCUCUAGACGCAAAGCCGCAGAGCUGGGCGGCCUAGAGCCUCGGCAGAUUCAGAGGCACAUACCUUCCCGGGUCAAAGGCCUCAAGCUCAGUUUCCCACAAGGCGUGGGACAGUCCCCCUGCCCUUCCUGUGGCGACACCCAGGAGACCGGCUCUCCCGGCAGCAAUAUCCUGAGCCCAAUGGGCUGUGCUGGAAAUAGCCCUCAACUCCCCUGGCUCAAGCCAGGCUGGGACCCUGGAGCGGUCCCCUCCCCUUCCUGGCCCUUCCUGGCGGUGAUAAGGUCCCCUGAGCCGCGCACGGCUGUUCUGCAGAUUAAACGUGAUGCGGCAGCUUUUCAAAUGGCAGCGGCACUCAGAUGCCCCCUGUUCCUUUCUGUCCAACCUGCGGGCCAUUGUAUUUUUUUAGUACCUAAAAACCCCUGGGAAAGUAGAACACUGCCUGUAAUGAGGAGAUACCAAGGGUAAGAACAGGGUAGUAAAAACGCAGCAGUGUUCCUGCUCCUGGCACGAGGCCCUGCGAGGCCCCAGGCCCGCAGCAGAUAAAUAAGAGCCAGAGAGCUGGCAGCCGCGGGGCAGCCCCAAGCUGGGGCCGUCUCCCCACCCCCUCCCCAGGGGAAACGGGACUGGAAGCCAAUGGACAGGGAACAGCCUGAGUCCCUCCGUCGUCCAGAGGCAGCGUCCAGGCCACAGACUCUGCAGACUCGCUGGUGCUCCGUGCCGCCUCUGGGCAGCCAGAGGGGACGGUGGCGGAGCUGUGGAACCAGCCCCGCACCCAGGGGCACGGGGGCUGCCGCGUCAGCUUUUGCGUCCACAUCAGUGAUCACCCCGUGGGGACAGCCCUCCCUGGCCCCUUGCGCGCGCUGACCAGGCUGAAAGCGGAAGAGACAGGCUGGGGGCUGGCAGGCCCCCGAGGGGGAUCCCGACCUUAGAAUCACCGCCCCGCUUCCCAAAACGCGGUGGGCGAAGAAGCCCUACACGUAUCAGAGGAGGGCGGCUCUUUGGCUGGGACUCUGCCUCCGGAGGGGCCGUGCCUCGCGCAGGCCAGCGGGAGGCCAGUGGGGACGCUGCAGGCGGCCCGACCUCGGCGGCUGGCAGGGCCCCAAGAGCCACCGCUACCUGAAGGGGGCGUGCGCUGCGUUUUCCUGCUCUCCCCCAGCCCUGAGAAAAGGCUGCCAGCCCCCUUCAAACUUGACACCCCUGGGAGAAUCUGUCAUCGCCACCGAGGCCACCAGCAAGCAGGAGGGUCCUCUGGGAGCGCCCUGGGACCCUGAGGGGACAGGAGACGUAGGGCGGAGCUCAGCCUGCUCGCGGAGAGGUCCCCACCCAAGCCAGGUCUCAGCAAAGUGAGUUCUGUGCGUGGCCACUCAACCACCCACCAAGUGGUGGUCCCUGGGGCCCAUCAGCCUGUGCAAAGGCCUCCACGAGGCCCAGAGACCCCCCACGAACAAGUGUGGGUGCUGUCUUCAGAGAACUGGAGGUCUAGCCCAGACAGACCCAGAUGCAAACAGCUCUGACACUGAGGAGGAUGGGACUGAGGAACACGAUUCGGCCGCUCAAACAGCGCACAGCAGGGAUCUCCCAUCACAAGCGUGGUAAAGCAUUAGAAGGAGGGCACAGGAGCUCCUGCUGUGGCAGGGGGCUCAAGGACUGGGAUCAGAGCAACUGCAGUGUAGGUUGUAGCUGCAGCUUGGAUUCAAUACCUGGCCCAGGAACUUCCAUAUGCUGUGCCUGUGACCAAAAAAAGAAAAACAGAAAAGAAAGAGGGCACAGGAUGUGUGAGGACACGAACCAGCGUCCUAAUGUCUGAGAAAGUCAGGGAGGGCCUCCCGGAAGAAGUGGCCAUUUGAGGAGACACUCACCUACCAACUGGAGACAAGCCAGGGAGCGAGAGGGAGCAGCAUGGCACCUGGGAGCCACGGGAUGGCGGGCACAGGGCUCCCUAGAGGAAGGGAGAAAAGGGGCAGGGGCCCCAGAGAGAGCACCCAGCUGGGCCGGAUGGAGCCUUGAAGCCCUUCCGAGGGCUUGAGAACGUAGCCAAGGGCAGGCCUAGAUCUUUCAGCAUCUGAAGCACAGGAGAGAUGUGGCCAUAUCUGAAUUUUGAGAAAUCACUGUGGGAGGAUGGCUGUGAAGGACGGGUGGAAGUUGGGAGUAGAAGCUGGGAGGCUUGGUGUUCCCUUUGUGGCGCAGGGGGUUAAGAACUUGCCUGGUAUCCAUGAGAAUGCGGGUGUGAUCCCUGGCUUUGCUCAGUGGGUUAAGGAUCCAGCUUUGCCACAAGCUGGGGCAUAGGUUACAGACAUGGCUUGGAUCUGGCGUGGCUGUGGCUGUGGUGUAGGCUAUCGGGUAACUGAGUCGAACCCUAGCCUGGGAACUUCCUUAUGCCAUGGGUGUGGCCCUUAGAAAAAAAAAAAAAAAA